GACAAACACGCCAAGGCUCAGCUCACAAAUCAACUCGGACAGAUAAAAUCUAAUCCCACCAUCUAGGUAAGGAUGACAUCCACAGCAGACCGACUGGCCCAUCAGCAGGCUAAGGAGCGAGGCAUUGGCACCAACAAGCAGGCAGUGAAGUUCAAACAGCAGGAUUAUGAAUCUUUGCGGCAGCAGUGUUUAAAACGUGGACGUCUUUUUGAGGACCACUGCUUUCCGGCUGAGUCCAAAUCCUUGGGUUUUAACGAACUGGGACCAUACUCAUCCAAGACCAGGGGAGUGGUCUGGAAGAGGCCGACGGAGCUGUGUUCCAAGCCUAAGUUCAUCGAUGAUGGAGCCACAAGGACAGACAUUUGCCAAGGAGCUCUGGGUGACUGCUGGCUUCUGGCUGCAAUAGCUUCUCUGACUCUGGAGCACCAGAUCCUCGCUCGAGUGGUUCCUCCUGGACAGAGUUUCACAGAAAAGUAUGCCGGGAUAUUUCACUUCCAGUUCUGGCAGUUUGGAGAAUGGACAGAUGUGGUGGUCGAUGACCGUCUGCCCACCAGAGAUGGAAAACUGCUGUUUGUUCACUCGGCACAAGGCUCAGAGUUCUGGAGCGCACUCCUGGAGAAGGCCUACGCUAAGGUCAAUGGCUGCUAUGAGGCGCUGUCAGGUGGAAACACGAUUGAGGGUUUUGAGGAUUUCACAGGGGGAAUUGCAGAGAUAUACACGUUAAACAAGCCUCCACCAAAGCUCUUUCAAAUUAUCCAGAAGGCCCUGAGCCUGGGUUCACUGUUGGGCUGCGCCAUUGAUGUGAGUCUUAUUUUCCUACUCAUUUGCAUGCAAACAAAUGCACUAAGAGUCAUGUCGUACUGGUGGAAUCAGAACUGAAACGUUUGCUCUCUGUGUUUUCAGAUAUCCAGUGCCUAUGAGACAGAGGCAGUUACUGCUUCUAAACUAGUGAAAGGACAUGCAUACUCAGUCACUGGGGCAAAAGAGGUUAGUUACCGGGGCAGAAAAGUUCAACUGAUCCGUGUCAGGAACCCGUGGGGUCAGGUGGAGUGGACGGGGCCUUGGAGUGACAGAUCCAGGGAAUGGAACUACAUCAGUAAAGAUGAGAAAUCAGACCUGUACCAUGUGGCAGAAGAUGGAGAAUUUUGGAUGUCCUACUCAGAUUUCAUCAGACAUUUCUCCAAACUGGAGAUCUGUAACUUGACACCAGACACACUGACCAGCGUUAAUGUCAAGCACUGGAACCAUUACCAGUUUGAAGGGAUGUGGAGGGUUGGCUCCACUGCUGGUGGCUGCCGCAAUCACACAGCCACGUUUUCAUCCAACCCUCAGUAUGUGGUGCGUCUGGAGGAUGUGGAUGAUGAUCCUCUGGAUGACAAGGACGGAUGCACAUUUCUUGUGGGGCUGAUGCAGAAGAACGGACGACAGAAGAAGAGGCUUAACAGCGAGCUUGAGACGAUUGGCUUUGCCAUCUAUAAGGUGCCAGAUGAGUGCAAAGGCCGCAGUAAUGUUCAUCUAGGUCCAGAGAUUCUGCUGCGACAGAGAGCUGUGGCCAUGAGCAGCAGCUUCAUCAACACACGUGAAGUGUGUGACCGCUUCCGGCUUCCCCCCGGGGAAUACGCCAUUGUGCCAUCAACGUUCCACCCUCACAAGAAUGGCAACUUUGUUCUCAGGGUGUUCUCAGAGAAACAGGCCGCAACCAGUCCACUGGAGGAAGACAUCGAUGCUGAAAUAGAGGAGAAGGAGAUAUCUGAGCGUGAUGUGGAUCCUCAUUUCAAGAAUCUCUUUAAGCAGAUCGCUGGAGACGAUAUGGAGGUAUCAACCUUUGAACUGGUUAGAAUUUUGAACAAUGUCGUCUCCCACCGGUCUGAUCUCAAGACGGACGGAUUCAGCCUCGAGACAGGUCGACUUAUUGUCAGUCUUCUGGACAAAGAUGAAAGUUCCAUGUUGGGACUGAUGGAAUUCCAUUUGCUUUGGAGCAAAAUCCAGAGAUAUCUGGAGAUCUUCAAGACUCACGACACGGACAACUCCGGCACCAUGAGCUCCCACGAAAUGAGAGGCGCUGCCACUGAAGCAGGUUUCCAUGUUAACAGUGCCGUGCUGCAGGCCAUUGUCAGUCGCUAUGCCGACGCUCAGUACGCCAUAGACUUUGACAGCUUUGUGGCCUGUCUCAUCAAACUGGAAAUGCUGUUCAAAAUGUUCAAGUCUCUGGAAAGGGUUGACACAGGGAAGAUUGAGCUGGACAUGCAACAGUGGCUGUGCCUGGAACCAGGUGUGAGUCAGGUGAAGCUGCCGAGCUGCGGGCGUGGAGUCAGACUGUUCCUCUUGCACGCACACGAGACACAACCUCACUGUCACACACACACACAAACAAACCCAACACGCACACAGUUCGCGAUGUCUGGCAUUGCAGCAAGGCUUCAGCACCAACGAGAGCGAGCUCACGGGAUCGGAACCAACUCGCACGCGGUGAAAUACCUGAACCAGGACUUUGAGUCUCUGAGGGACAGCUGUCUGGAGAGAGGGCGGCUGUUUGAGGAUGACAACUUCGAGGCUCUGCCCUCAUCCCUUGGCUUCAAAGAGUUGGGACCAAACUCCUACAAAGUUCGGGGCAUCACAUGGAGGAGACCCAAGGAAAUAUGUUCUGAUCCAAAGUUCAUCAUCGAAAAUGCUUCCAGGACGGAUAUUUGUCAAGGAGCACUCGGUGACUGCUGGCUCCUCGCAGCCAUCGCCUCCUUGACUCUGAACAAACAAGUUUUGGCUCGGGUCGUCCCCCAUGACCAAAGCUUUGACGACCACUAUGCAGGCAUCUUUCACUUUGAGUUCUGGCAGUUUGGUGAGUGGGUCGAUGUGGUGGUCGAUGACCGUUUGCCCACCAAAGAUGGAGAGCUGCUGUUCGUUCACUCGACGGAGGGCUCAGAGUUUUGGAGUGCACUGCUGGAGAAGGCCUAUGCCAAGCUGAAUGGAUGUUACGAGGCUCUCUCUGGAGGCAGCACCAUUGAGGGUUUCGAGGACUUCACUGGAGGCAUCGCUGAGAGGCAUGAGUUGAGCAAAGCUGAUCCCCAUCUCUUCCAUAUCAUUACGAAGGCCCUGAAAAGAGGCUCUCUUCUGGGAUGCUCCAUUGAUAUCACCAAUGCACAUGAUUCAGAGGCCGUCACAUAUCAGAAACUGGUGAAGGGCCAUGCCUAUUCAGUGACAGGAGCAGAGCAGGUGGAACACAGAGGAGACAGGGUGCAACUGAUAAGGAUUAGAAACCCGUGGGGUCAGGUGGAGUGGAAUGGUGCCUGGAGUGACAAUUCUUCCGAAUGGAGAUACGUGAGUGACGAUGAUCGAGAGAGGCUGUCGCACCGCUCUGAGGAUGGGGAGUUCUGGAUGUCCUUUUCUGACUUCCUCCGUCAAUACUCUCGCCUUGAGAUCUGCAACCUCACGCCCGACGCCCUCAGCGACGAGUACGCGAAAUGGGCAGAGACAGAGUUUGAAGACACAUGGAGAAGGGGAGUUUCAGCCGGUGGCUGCAGAAACAACCGUGAUACCUUCUGGAUGAAUCCUCAGUUUGUGAUAAAGCUGGAGGAUGUGGACGAUGAGCCUGAUGAUGGGGAGGAGGGCUGCACCUUCAUCGUGGGCCUGAUGCAGAAGAACAAGCGUCGCAGGAGGAAAAUGGGGGAGGACAUGGAGACCAUUGGCUUUGCCAUCUAUGAGCUGCCUGAGGAGUACUCUGGCAAAAGGCAAGUGCACCUGAAGAAAAACUUCUUCCUGCGCAACUGCUCAGCCGCAAGCUCCGAGACGUUCAUCAACCUGCGGGAAGUGAGCAACCGCCUCUGUCUCCCCCCCGGGGAAUACCUCAUCAUCCCCUCCACCUUUGAGAAGAACAAGAACGGAGACUUCUAUGUGCGGGUGUUCUCUGAGAAACCGGCCGAUUUCCAAGAGAUUGAUGACCCGGUGGACAGCCAUGUUGAAGAGAUUCAUAUCGAUGAAGAUGACAUCGGCGACAGAUUCAGGAGUCUGUUUGGACAGCUUGCGGGACAUGAUGUGGAGAUUUGUGUAUUCGAGCUGCAGAGUAUCCUCAACAGAGUGGUGGCAAGGAGAGAUGACAUCAAAACCAACGGGUUCAGCCUGGAGACUUGCCGCAACAUGGUCAAUCUGCUGGAUAAAGAUGGAAGCGGUAAGCUGGGACUGGUGGAAUUUAAGAUCCUGUGGACAAAGAUUGAGAAGUUCCUGGACCUGUACAAAGCGCGAGACGUCGACAAAAGCGGCUGCAUGAGCACUUCUGAAAUGAGGAUGGCUGUUGAGGAUGCUGGAUUCUCUCUAAACAACAGCCUGCAUCAGAUAGUUGUGGCCCGCUACAGCGAUUCAAACCUCUCCAUUGACUUUGACAACUUUGUGUGCAGCCUGAUUCGCCUGGAGUCUCUCUUCAACACCUUCAAGGCCCUGGACAAGGACGGCAAUGGUGUGAUCGAGCUGGGUUUUAAGGAGUGGCUGAGUCUGGCGAUGUUGUAGAACAUCUCUGAAUGUUUUCACUUGAAGAUUCCAGAUUUGCGAUGGAGCAAAUAAUAAUUUAUCACAUCUACAGUAUAUCCGUGAAUGUCUUGAGUUAUCAGUUGAUACACAUUUGUUUUGUCUCCCAAACAUAUUAAUGAGUUUAUUUAGUUUGCUCUUGAAUAAAAUAUAUGUAUGAUCACA